UUUGAGCUUUGACCCCUUUUGUUAAAAACAACUUGUUAAAAAAUAUAUCCACAGAUAUCCAUAAUUUAAAAUUAUCCGAAAUCCGCAAUGGAUUUCCAAAAUAGAGCUGGCGGAAAAACGGGCGGAGGCGGCGUAGCAUCAUGGUCCGAAUCGAACAGGGACCGCAGGGAAAGAUUGAGGCAAUUGGCCCUCGAAACCAUAGAUUUGCAAAAGGACCCCUAUUUUAUGAAAAACCAUUUGGGGUCCUACGAGUGCAAACUGUGUCUGACCCUGCACAACAACGAGGGAAGUUAUUUGGCUCAUACCCAAGGAAAAAAACAUCAGGCUAAUUUAGCUAGAAGGGCAGCUAAAGAAGCCAAAGAUGCCCCUAGCAUGCUACAACCUGAAAAACCCAGGGUGGAACCCAAAAAAUUCGUUAAAAUCGGUAGACCUGGAUACAGGGUGACCAAACAAAGGGACCCCGAAACUGGACAGCAAAGCUUGCUGUUUCAAAUCGAUUAUCCCGAAAUUGCCGAUCAUGUUUUGCCCAGGCACAGAUUCAUGUCUGCUUACGAGCAAAAAAUUGAACCUCCAGACCGUAAAUGGCAAUAUUUGUUGUUUGCUGCAGAACCCUAUGAGACUAUAGCAUUUAAGGUUCCUAGCAGAGAAGUUGAAAAAACCGACCAGAAAUUCUGGACUCAUUGGAACAGAGACACCAAACAAUUUUUCCUGCAAUUUGCCUUCAAAAUCGAAAACAAGAAACUGACCAACAUAGUGCCAAGGCCUCCUAUGAUGGGAGUUGGAAUACCUCCUCCACCUCCUAUGUUGCCAGUACCUCCACCACCGAGACCUCCAAUGUUCAAUCAUCCUAUGCCACCUCCGCCCAUGAUGAGAGGUGUUAUGCCAGUACCACCACCACGUUAGAAAAAUAAAACAUGUAAAGAUAAUAAUUCCUUUAUUAUUAUAAAUUUUUUUUUAUAAAUAUUCAAAUAAGUAUCACAUUUUUUCAUAAUCAAGUGAUGCUAUAAACUGCAAAACAUUUAUCCAAUUUUUUGUAACAGUUACACCUUAAUUAAAUAAAUACAUUAAUAUAAACCCCCAGAUUAUCACCUAGCAAUAUGAGAUUUCACAAGCCUUCCAAUAUACUCCAAAGCCAUAAAAGUUUUAUUCGGCCUCAACCUUUGCCUGAGCAAAUAAUAAAACCCAAACCUAAAUAUAACAUAAAUAACUAUUAAAGCAACAAAAUCCAACCAAAGGAUUGUGUUUUCCAUUCCCAUUUGUUUCAUGAACAAAUCCAAAUCGGUCCAAAUGCAAAAGUCCUCAUCUUCGGGGCACCUUAGUUUUUCUCUGCCAGUUAACAUUGUGUGUAUGAGACCUUCAAGUGAAUAUCUCAGGUAACUGAAAUACAUGGCGAAUUUUAUUAGGCUUGGGAUGUUUUCGUAGCCACUUCCGAAGCCGUAGACUGCCAGCAACAUGAAUGGGACUGCUAGGACUGGUCCGACAAACAU